CGUUUGCAUUCACAUCUCAAAGACAUCUACCUACCAAACAUCCAAUGUUUUGCACCGUCGUCAUCUUGGCUUCUCUCCUGUUAUGGAUCACUGCUCUUUCUCCACCCACCGUCAUCAAAUCCCCAAGUCUCAGCAAUUGGGGUUUCUGGAGUAAAGUGGAAAGUUGUCCGUCGGUAUCAUUUGUUCAUGGAAUGAGGAUCAAGUAUGAUGCAGCAAUUUCUCAUGAUAACACUGCUCUCAAUGCGAUUCAAUUUGUCUGCAAGCAUCACAAUCAACAUUUCGAUAAUAUAACUCAUAUAAUAGGAGCUGAUGGACCAUUUGGAGUUUGGCAAAUUAGUUUUCAUUACUGCUCAGAUGGAGACUACGUGAUUGGAUUUGCUCUUCAAUCAGAUACUUCAAGUUCCGGUGAUGGUACUGGUGCCAACAACUUUGCCGCUUAUUGUGGAAAACCAGAUGGAUCAAGAAACAAUUUGAAAUUGAUUAAAGAUGAUAUCCCACGCGAAAACGGAAAAUGGAACGACGAUCAAUUCUGUCCGCUUGGGCAAGUUGUCUGUGGAAUCAGAGUCCAAAUUGAACCGAAUCAAGGAUUAGCCGAUGACACUGGUCUCAACAACGUCGAUUUGCAGUGGUGUGAUUUCACAGACGUCACCUGAUUGCCUAUUUGAACUUGAACUUCUAUUUUUGAAUAAGAAAGCUUUGUGCCAAUACUAUUCACCUUCGACUAGAAUAAAAAAUGGUAAUCA